UUUCAGAAACUUAACAAAAUUUUGGAUGUAAUGAAUAUUAACUUUUGUCAAAAAACUGACGCAGGCGAAUCGACCUUAUAUUUUCUUUAAUAUUUAUUUGAUCCCUUUCAGGCCACAAACAUUGACAAGGGUUAGAAAAAAAGUAAAUAAAAUUUUCCAAAUUUAGCGAUUUGAAAAAUACUACCUAGAUCUUUUUGUCACAUUCUUAGGCCUUGUGAACAAAUCAGAAAAACACCAAUUUGUUUUCAGACAUGUCACGAAAAGGAACAAGUCGUCGGAACGAAAAUAUUCUUCUUCUGAUGGAAGGAGAUAUUUCCGACGUAAAUCUCUCGUGCGAGGAGUCAGACGAGGAAAAUGAUAUAUUUAUUCAACGUAAGGGAAUUUUUACAGAGGCAAUUGAUGAUCAACAAUCGACGAAAAAAUUCGGUCUCAAAAUUGAGACAAUUGGAGCUGAGAGUGACAGUGACACGGAAGAUGAUACACCAUUGUCAAAUCAGCUCCGCGUUAAAUCACUACGUUGGAAAUCGCGUGACAUUAAAGUAAUCGAUUGCAAUUGUAAUAUUAAAUUUGCAAAACCAGUACCAGAAAUUCCAGCCUUAAGAUACUUCAAGCAAUUCCUAACAACCGAAAUAAUACAUCAUCUAACAAUUCAAACGAAUCUCUAUUCAAUCCAAAAAUCCGGUACUUCCAUUAAUGUCACAGAAAAGGAGAUUGAACAAUUUUUUGGAAUUCACAUUCUCAGUGGAAUAAUAAAAGUACCAAGUAUCAAAUGCUACUGGAAAGAUCCAACUCGAUUUCCAAUAAUUGCCGACUUUAUGUCACAGAAACGAUUCUUUGAAAUACGAAACUUCAUCCACUUUAACGAUAAUACAAAAGCAAAGUCACGUAACGAUGAGAAUUACGAUCGUCUCUAUAAAAUUCGACCAUUUAUCGAUGCACUGAAACGUAAUUUAUCAAAAUUAAAAAACGAAGAAUACAAUUCAGUCGAUGAGGUGAUUAUUCCCCUCAGGGGUCACAAUAGUUCACUAAAUCAGUACCUACGAGGUAAGACCUACAGACAUCAAAAAAAUCAAAAAUGCCGCUACAAUUGUCCCUGUAUGGGUUUCAAAAUGUUCGCAAGAUUCGGAAAGAGUGGCAUUCUCUACGAUUUUGAAUUCUACUUGGGAAGAGAUGUACUACCAAGUACUUCCGGUCUUGGUCUCAAUGGAGACAUCGUUCUCCGCUUAUGUGAUAAUCUCUCAUCGAGUGAAAAUUACAAAAUAUUAAUAGACAGUAAAUUUAAUUCACAUAGUUUAAUUGUUGCCCUCAAGGAACGGGGUUUAUUCGCCUUGGGUACAAUUAGACCGUCAAAAUUGCCUGGUUGUGUUUUUAGAAAUUAUUCUGAACUGAAAAAAAGAGUGAGAGGUGCUUAUGAUUAUCGAACUGAACAAUCGACAAAUAUUAUUGCUCUAAAAUGGUGGGGGACAUAUAAACCAAUUUAUAUUGCAUCGUCAUAUUCAUCGAUUCAUCCAAUGGAAUCAAUAGCAAGUUGGUCGUCGACGAGAAAAAAAUUACGUGAUUUUUCUGUACCACAUCUUUUGUAUGAAUAUAAUCAAUGUGUGGGAGGAGUUGAUUUACAUAAUAUGCUGUUAGAAUUGUACAGAAUUGAUAUAAGAGCAAAGAGAUAUUAUUUGCGUGUUGUUUUCAAUUUAAUUGAUUCGUGUCUUGUUAAUUCAUGGUUAUUAUAUCGACGUCAUUAUGAUCUAGGUGGCGUUAAAUGCAAAUCGCUAUUGGAUUUUCGAUCUGAAAUUGCGUACGGUCUUUUGCAAACAAGACACUAGUGGUUUAGUUUCUUUUUUUAAUUUUAUAUAUUAAAAAAAAAUAAUACAGAAACUAUUUAUUAUUUAUUUCCAGUCUG